AUGGCAACCGCCCUAGCGCAACUUGGCGCCACUUUUCUUCGACAUGCCGUCAAAAUUCCUCGAGCACAACAAGACAAGGAUCUAGUUACCUUACUCAGAAACUUUACUCAAGACCAAAGCGCACCAACAUCAGAUGAAAUAUCAGACGGUGUGACUGAUGAUCGAGCCAAUGCCUCUGAUAUCCCUCAAUUGCCAGUAGUGUCAAGGACAUCGGACGGUGAUUCAGGCCUGAAUCACAUGCUCAAGCCGGACACUCAAUCAUAUGUUGUUCCCCGAGCUCCACUGAACAGAGGAGACUUUAUACUUACGGAAAAUGACUUUAUUCGAAAUGAUCAAAUCAUGUUGCCCAGAGACCAAUAUCUUCAUUGGCGGCAAAUCCAAGCUGAAGACAACGCCCAUACGUCGGUAUUAGACCGAAUCGUUGCCGCCGCCAAGCGCCUCAACAUGCUGAAAGAAGAAGAAAUAGGGUCGAUGCCUUUGGAAAUGAGAUUCGGUAAAAGUGUUCCCUCUUUCACAAAUAAAUUUAAAGGCCCUUGCAAUGUGGUUCUUCAUGAACUAUUUGCGGAAGAAUGGGAGCAUUUUAGUGAAAGAACCAAGUUACGCCAUCGUCACAAGCUCCAGAACCAACUGUAUAUCGGCCGCCGAUGGUCUAUUGCAGUUGAUCACUUGUCCACUGGGAAAGAAUUCAAUCUAUCGGACUUAGAGGAUAUGUUUACUCAUAUUGAGAAGCAUUACGUUCAGUUUAUUGACUUGUACAAGAAGGCUGACAGCCUUGAACAAAAGUCGCGGACAUCAGGCACUAUACAUCUCCCAGAUGUCCUGAGUGAAUUGAACGAAAUCGAGUCUCUCCUUUGUCAAGGGCAGAAAGAGGUACAUCACUGA